GUAGUUGUCCAACCUGUGCGCGGAAAACAAGUGAGCAUCGAGCCAUAACCAAGUUCGUAACGCGCGAAGUACAUGUCAAUAUUACAAUUGUUUUGAUUUGAGUUCAGGAGGGUGAUAAAUAAGUGAGUGUUUUCUGUCGCUGUAACAAUAAAUAUACCGUGUGUCCAUAACGUUCGUACAGUAGGCAUCUGUUUACAGUUGAUGGGAUAUGUCUCGCGAUAUCAGAUCUUUUUUCGCUCCGAAAAAGCUUGGUGAAGGAGAAACCUCUUUCAAGGAAAAAGUCUUGUCGAAAUCGAAGCAAAAGAAAAGAUUAAUUUUGUCGGACUCGGAUUCGGAUGAUGGCUCGAGCAAGCACCCAGAGGUCAAAGUUUCGAAAAAGAAAAAACUUUCCUUAAACAAGGGGAAGGAGAAAACAAAUGAUGAAAAAACAUUAAAACCAAUUAAAGUUUCAGACGUAUUUGGAAGUGAUCAUAUCAAAAGAUCAACAGAGAAAACAGUGCCUACACCAAGCAAACAGGUGGCAAAUAAAGUAACGGUGAAUGUAAACUCUAAGAGUAAUGAAGAUUCCCUUGAAGGUGAACUUAGUGUGCCUUGGGAUGAGUUAGAUGAGAUCGAAUCGAAGUAUUGGAGCACAGAUAGACAGCAUGCAGUGAAUGUUGACUCCUGCGGUAGCCCAAAGAAAAGUGGAGAAAAAAGACGCCAUGAACAAGAUCAACGAAAAAAGAAGGCUGCUUCAGAAAGUGAUGUGUUACCAACCAAGAAGAAGAAAGUAUCCACAGACGAAAACAGUUCGUCUAAGGUAACUGCUGACUCUCCCCUGGCCUCCCCCUCUAGUCGUUCUGCAACAGAAAAUGACAACACUCAGAGUAGUGGCACAGAGGAGGUGCAAGCUGAAAAAACACCGAAGGCAAAAAAGGUAAGAGGAAAGUCAGAUGAGAAUGCUGAUAGUAGUCAGAAAAGUAAGAAGGAGACACCUAAAGCCUCAGAUCAAGGCGCGUUAUCAGCUGAAAAGAAGAAGGAGCAUGCAAUGAAUUAUAUAAGAUACCUUAACAGAGAAGGACCAAAGCAUCGUGGAAGUAAAGUGAUACCAGAAGGUUCACCAAACUGUUUGGAAGGGCUUGUGUUUGUUAUUACUGGUGUACUGGAUUCUCUGGAUAGAGAUGAAGCCACAGAAUUAAUUAAGAAAUACGGAGGACGUGUAACGUCAUCACUCAGUCGUAAUACAAGUUACCUACUUGUUGGCGAAGACGCUGGGCCAUCAAAGCUUGAAAAAGCAAAAUCAUUUAAUACAAAACAGCUAGAUGAGGAUGGGUUAUUAAACCUAGUUGUAGAACGAUCUACUGGAAGUGGACUUCAUAGCAGCUCUAAAGAAGACACAGGCAGAAAGGAUACAGAAAAAAAGUCUGGAGGAAAUCUAGCAAACAAAAAUACUAAACCCUUAAAUUGUGAUUCAACGUCUGUUGUUUCUGUACUAAAAGUGAAAAGUAAUGAAGGUACUGUUCAUCACAUUCAUUCUGCACCAGCCACCCUUAAAAAUUGUUCACAAAUACCUAGUAGUCAGAAUAAUGGAAAUUUAAUGAUAAACUAUUCAACACCAUCUUUGUGGGUGGAGAAAUACCGACCAACAAGUUCAAAGCAGAUUAUAGGACAACAAGGAGAAAAGAGCGUAGUCAGGAAACUAAGUAAAUGGCUUGAAAAUUGGUACAAAAAUCGCACUGGUGGGAAAAAGUUUAAACCAAGCCCCUGGGCAAAAGAUGACGAUGGGAGCUUCUACAAAGCUGCUCUUAUUUCUGGUCCACCAGGAAUUGGGAAAACAACAGCAGCCCACCUUGUUUCUAAGGAACUAGGUUUCGAUAUUGUAGAGUUCAAUGCUUCAGACACAAGGUCAAAAAAGCUUUUACAUGAUGAAGUUACAGAACUUUUGUCUAGCAAGAGUCUGUAUGGUCUUUUCCAUGGAAAAGAUGGCCGUGUAGCACCUUCUGCUAAACAUGUGUUAAUAAUGGAUGAAGUAGAUGGAAUGGCUGGAAAUGAAGAUAGAGGAGGUAUUCAACAAUUAAUUCAGUUGGUAAAAAGUACUCAUAUUCCAAUAAUAUGUAUUUGUAAUGACCGUAAUCAUCCAAAGAUUCGUAGCUUAGUAAAUUACUGCUUUGACUUGCGGGUUCAAAAACCAAGACUUGAACAGAUACGAGGUGCUAUGAUGUCAGUUUGCUUUAAAGAAGGUUUGAAAAUUCCACCUGAUGCUCUAACUGAUGUUAUCACUUGUGCAAACCAAGAUAUUCGACAAGUUCUGAAUAAUUUGUCUAUGUGGUAUGUCAAUACAAAGAACUUGUCAUCAGAGGAAAUCAAAACUGAGGCACAAAAAUCAAAAAAAGAGUUUAAACUGGGACCUUGGGAUGUCCUCAGAAAGGUAUUUUCAGCUGAAGAACACAAGAAGAUGACCAUACAUGAUAAAUCUGAUUUGUUUUUUUAUGAUUAUAACAUCAGCCCAUUAUUUGUACAAGAAAACUAUCUAAAUGUUGUGCCUGCUGCAGCAGCAGGUAAUAUUGGCAAGACACUGGAACUCAUUUCAGCAACUGCUGACAGUAUUAGUUAUGGGGACACAAUUGAAAAAGCAAUAAGAUCAAGAGGCUCUUGGAGUUUGCUGCCAAUGCAAGCAAUGUUCUCAAGUGUGUUUCCUGGUGACUAUAUGCAAGGUUAUAUUAAAAGUCAGAUUAACUUUCCCUCAUGGCUGGGCAAAAACUCGAGAUCUAAUAAAUUUGACAGACUCUCGCAGGAACUUCAUGUCCAUAUGAGGCUUGCAAUAUCUGGAAGCAAGUUAGAUCUUGCAUUGGACUACCUUCCUUAUAUUAGGGAUGCAAUAGUAAAACCACUUAUUAAGGAAGGUGCACCUGGUGUUCCACAAGCCCUCAGUGUACUUAAGAAAUAUUACUUACUGCGAGAAGAUUUGGAAAGUUUGCUUGAAUUAUCGUCAUGGCCAGACCAGAGGGACCCUAUGUCAUUGGUGGACAGCAAAGUGAAAGCUGCUUUGACGAGAGCAUACAACAAGGAAGGCAUAAUGAUACCAUAUGCUGUGCACACCACUGUUAAGAAGAAGGCCGGGGCAUCAUUCAGUGAAAUGGAAGGUGCUGAAGGUGAAGAAACAAUAGAGGAUGUGGAAGAAGAUGAUGAAGAGACAGAUGACAUAAAGUCAGAUGCCAUGAUAAAAAUUGCUAAGAAGAAAACAGUAGCUGCAGAAUCAACAUCAGGAACAUCUGAAGUAAAAAAGGGAAAGGGGAAAGGCAAAGGAAAACCAAAACAAAAUAAAUAGUUGUAGUGGGGAGUUUCUCACCCAGUCAAUGAAAUAAGUCUUCUGGCGUAGUAUGGAAGAAAUCUAUUAUUUGAAUCAUCACAUUGUUACAUUAUUAAAUUAUUGCCUUAAACAUUGUGUUACAUGCUAACAUUGCAAAAAGCGUUGUACUUGAGAAUAACCCAUUAGAUGGUUACUCCUUUUGUAUAUUAAAGACGUGAUUUUAAGGAGUACAGUGUAAAGUAAGAAAAAUAUAAAUAUCUGUGUGGAAAUAUUCCAAAAAUUGCUGUUAUUUCUGGUGUUUCUGUAUUAUAUUGCAACUUAAGUUGUUGGAAUUAUAAUUGCAAUGUACAGUUUUUGUUUUAUGUGAACUGAGUGACAACACUUAGAUGAAUGCAUGCAAAUUUGUACCAUUUAUAAGUGAACAGAACAGGUAAACUAUUUUCAUGCCUUUUACAGAUUUAAAACUAACUUUGUUACUUAAAUUGUGUAACUUGUUUGUAAAACAUUUAUAUGUGAUAAGUUUGUGGUACUUCCCUUAGAUGAGGGAAAUUGCAGGUUCAUGACAGGUUAGGAGUGAUGCACAUAUGCUAUUGCUGAUUCACUUGAAGAAAUAUGUUAGAUUUGCCGUUUUUCCAAUCAGUUAUUUUGUGCAAUUUACAUAUCCUUGUGAUUUAUGUUUAAAUGUGUGCGCAAUACUUAUUUAUUGGCAUUAGUUACCAUAUUUAUCCAUCUCAUGUGCAACAAAAUACUUUUGUAAAGUAAUUCCAGAAUUGUCUCAUUAGCGAAAGACUAGCUCAUUAUGUCAAGGAAUCUACAGACCGAGCUUAGUAGCUACUGCAGUUCAAUGUUCCUGUAUACAUAAAACGUUGUUGAAAAGAUUUGAUGAGGACAAAUUAUCACCGCCACUACAUGGCAAACUCAACUACAAUGACUGGAUUGAAUUUUUUUUGGGGGGGGGGGGGGGGGGCGUUUGUGGGAGGUUAUGCUCCAUUUAUUAUUUUUUAUUUUCGACAAAAUCACUUGGUUAUAAUUGUAACAUAAAAAAGUUAUUACGUCAAAGAAAAUUGUAUUAGAAUUUACAUUUUGUCUGUACAAUGAUCAUAGUUACCAUUUUUUUAAUAUUAAGAAAUGUAGUAAUGUCUCACCAACUUUUAAAUAUAUUGUGUAUGGAUGGUACUGGUGGAAAACCAAUAGGUGUAAGAAAGCGAUUUGCUUUUACUAUUAGCGAACAAAUCAUUUCUUGGUCAAUGUAUAAAAAUUAGGUUAACUUAAUAAUUACUGCAAAAUCUAAUGUCCUUAUGUAUGAGAUGCCUUCUCUCAGAAAACUUUACAAGUUAGAUGACUCCUGUUGAAUACUUUUUAUGUUUGAUAUCUCUCAGAAAUUUCUGUACUCACCUCUUUGCCAUACAUUGUAUGUUGUUAUUUUGCCAUAUGACUCAUUUUCACCUUACAUCAGCAGAUAACACACAGAUUUUAGUAUGUUUGCAAAAGUUGGCACCAGGUUAGCCAUUCUGUCAACUUUUCUUCAUCUGAUUUCCCAAUAUGCAAUUUAUUUUUGCAUCAUUUCUGAUCUGACACUUUAUGUAGACUAGCUGCAUGAAUCUCUCUCUCUCUCUCUCUCUCUCUCUCUCUCUCUCUCUCUCUCUUUCUUUUAAGCUGCAUGAAUCUCUCUCGAGAGAGAGAGAGAAGCUAUGUUUUUAAUACUAUGUCAUAGGGAAAGUUGCUUUCAUUAUACCAGUACUAAGAACAGCUCCCUAAUUAACUGGAGAAUUGACUGUAUCAUGUGUUUUUCAAUUUUUGUCAAAUUUAAUACAAAGUUAUGUGUAUUAAUGAAAACAGCAAUGUCUUCUACAAGCACAAUAAAACACUUGUAUUGGUUUGAUUAUGACAUAUUGAGCAUAGCAACAUGAAUGAAACUGCACUUUUCCUGAGACAUAUAAAAUGAACUAUAUGCCCUCUAUAAUCUAUUUGUUUAUUUUUAUAAUGUUUUGUGAAUAUUGUGUGUGUGUGUGUGUGUGUGUGUGUGUGUGUGUGUGUGUGUGUGUGAGAGAGAGAGAGAGAGAGAGAGAGAGAGAGAGAGAGAGAGAGACUGGCUGGCAGGCUGACUGUGUUUUUCAUACUGUGUCAUAGGGGAAGUUACUUUUGUGAUACCAAUAGUAAGACCAGUUUCAUAACUAACUGUAGCACUGGUUGUAUUGUGUAUAUUUUUUUCAAUUUUUGUAAAAUAUUUUUAGAAUACACUUUUUACCAUCAAACUCG